AUGGCUCCGCGCGGGAACCAGAGUGAUGGCACUACGGAGUUUGUCCUGGCGGGCUUCCCGAAUCUCAACAGCACAGGAGCGGAAGUGUUCUCCACGUUCCUUUUCAUUUACCUGUUGACUCUCACGGGCAACAUGUUGAUUGUGGGGGUGGUGGGAGCGGAUCAUCGCCUGCAGACGCCCAUGUAUUUCUUCCUGGCUAACUUGUCCUGCCUAGAGAUUCUAAUCACGUCUGUCAUCAUUCCGAAGAUGCUGAGCAAUUUCCUGUCGAGGCGGCACACCAUUUCCUUCGCUGCCUGUAUCACACAGUUCUACUUUUACUUCUUUUUGGGGGCCUCCGAGUUCCUACUGUUGGCCGUCAUGUCUGUGGAUCGCUACCUGGCCAUCUGCCGUCCUCUGCGCUACCCCUUGCUCAUGAACGGAGCCGUGUGUUUUCAGGUGGCCUUGGCCUGCUGGGUGGGGGGUCUCCUCCCUGUGCUUGGCCCCACGGUGGCUGUGGCCUUGCUUCCUUUCUGCAAACCAGGUGCUGUGGUGCGGCACUUCUUCUGUGACAGCGGACCCUUGCUGCAUCUGGCAUGCACCAACACCACGACACUGGAGGAGGCAGACUUUAUCCUGGCCUUUCUUGUCAUCGUAUCCUCUCUCGCCGUUACUGCUGCGUCCUAUGGCCACAUAGUCCUGGCCGUCCUGCGCAUCCCCUCCGCUUCGGGUCGGCAGAAGGCUUUCUCCACGUGCACCUCCCACUUGAUGGUGGUAACCCUCUUCUACGGGAGCGCCAUUUUCCUCUAUGUAAGGCCAUCCCAGAGUGGCUCUGUGGAUACGAACUGGUCAGUAACCGUGAUAACAACGUUUGUGACCCCUCUGCUGAAUCCAUUUAUCUAUGCCUUGCGCAACAAUCAAGUCAAGGAAGCUUUGAAAGAGAUGUUCGGAAAGGCGGUCGCGAGGCUUUUAGAACAGUCUUUGCUUGGGGACAGUUUGAGAAAGAAGACAGUCCGUUGAAAGUGAGGGGACUCAGUCUCGGGCGCACACAUCUCCACUGCCAGCUUUUCCUUCAUCGUGAGGAGCUUCAAGGAGACCAAGCCUACAUUCCUCUUUCAGGCAGAAUGAGUUGACUCCACCUUAUGCCUCGUAAUGACAAGUCAUACUAUUUUCAAUUUUCUAUUAAUUACGUGCCUAUAUGGGGGACAUGGGGUAUGCCCACGAGAGACUAGGAGUAAGGCAGAUAUUCUCUGGUAGGUGGGCAGGGAUAGGGGCCACCGCUAGGCAACAAAGGUGGCCGACUUCCAACAUGGCCAGCUUACCCUUUUUCUUAUCCUCCUGAUCUAUUACAAAAACCUGGCAGUUUAAAACAAAGGCCUGGUCACAGGAAGUGGUGGCACAUGCCUUUAAUCCCAGCACUUUGGGAGCAGAAGCAGACAGAUUUCUGAGUUCAAAGCCAGCCUCAUCUACAGCGUGAAUUCCAGGACAGCCAGGACUAUACAGAGAAACCCUGUUCGGAAAAACCAAAAAAUAAACAAAACAACGGCCUGGAGGUCAAUCAACUUUCUUCAAACUGAUCUCCC